AUGGCGGAUGGUACUCGAAUGAAUCAAAUGGCCGAAACUUUGGCUGCAUUGAAGAAAAUAGUAGACAUAAAUGAAGAAAUCAAGAAACAGUUUGUGCCGUUGACUACUGGCAAGGAGAAGGAAAAUCCAGUUCUCAUUGAAGCAGCACUUGCAAAAGAUAAAGUAGCAGUUCAAAACAUUAACCCAGUUGUGCCACAGGAAAAUAUGGGUUACCAGUUGCAAGAUUGCAGGGACGCAAGAAGAUUGCACUUUCCGGAUGAUCAUGUGGGAGGAACUAGUUGUCAAGAAAAUCUGAAUCUUGAUUUUUCUUUUAAGAAAUGUCCUGAAGUUCUACAACAGCCCUUCAGCAAUGUGGCCUGGCAGCAGAGAGGAGAUCCCAGAAGACAGUUUGCGGGUGAAUUCCGGACAAGGCUGCACAAUUUUGAUAAUGUACAUACAAGAGUGGAGCAAAAUGUGGAGGAUUCCAGUGGUAUAAUUCCCAGGUCAGUCCGAAUUGAUUUUCCUCGGUUUGAUGGGAAUGACCCAACUGAUUGGUUGUAUAGGGUUGAGCAAUAUGUUGAGUUUUAUAAUACUUCCUAUAGACAACUUUUCCGUUUGAUUGCUAUUCAUAUGGAAGGGAGGGCAUUGGUUUGGUAUCAAGACAUUUGUGAUUCCUCUCAAUUUCACUCUUGGGAGGGUUUCACUAGGGCUGUAUUAACUCGUUUUGGCCCUUCUUCAUAUGACGAUCCCAUGGAGACUUUGAUGAGGCUUCGACAGUAUUCUACUAUGGAAGACUAUAAAGGGAAGUUUGAAUCUAUUAGUAAUCGAUUGAAGGGUAUUUCUGAUUUUAAUCGAUUGAGCUGUUUUCUUAGUGGGCUCAAAGAUGAAAUUCGGAUUCCUGUGAAGAUGUCCAAUCCAGGUACCUUGUUGGAAGCAUACAGUUUGGCAAAAAUGCAAGAAGAAAAUGUUUUGGCCAAUCGGAGGAAUUUUAGGAAUGCUAAUCCUAAUUACAGUGGCUCAAAUUCUCAGAGGGUUAAUAGUAGCAAUGUUGUUCAGAAUAAUUUUUCUUCUGGGCAGAAUAGUGGGAGUAUUCCAAAGGCUGUGGUGCCUGUUCAGAAAAUUUCCCCGUUACAAAUGGAGGAAAGAAGGAAGAAAGGCUUAUGCUACAAUUGUGAUUCUAAGUGGAAUCCGGGGCACCGUUGUGUGGCUCCUAAAUUGUUUUUGCUUGAACAUGUGGAGGUUGGGGAAAAUGAAUUUUUUGCAGACAGCCCUGCAUCAGUACCAGUGGAUCCGAUGUCGGAUUUAAUUGAAUUUUCUGAUGGUGAAAUUGUUCCAGAAAUUUCAUUACACGCUGUUACAGGAUCUAUUCAUCCAAAAACUAUGCGAGUAAGUGGGUAUCUUGGUAAUCUAAAGGUGGUGAUUCUCAUUGAUAGUGGGAGUACUCAUAAUUUCAUGGAUGCUGCGUUGAUUCAUAAAUUGCAGUUUCUGAUCAAUAGGGCAAGUGUAGUCAGGGUUCAAGUUGCUAAUGGUGAGGUGAUUGUUAAUGGGGGGAAAUGUGAUGGAGUUAAAGUGUCUGUGCAGGAACAGAGUUUCACUUUUGACUCUUAUGUUAUUGUAUUGGCUGGUUGUGAUAUAGUCCUUGGUAUACAAUGGAUGUUGACUUUAGGUCCUAUUUUGUGGAAUUUUAAGGAUCUUACUAUGGAGUUUACACUGGGACAGCAGCAUUGUUUGUUACAAGGAUUGGCAGCGGCUCGGUUGUGGGAAGAAUCAGACCUGAGUAUUUCACAAACUAUGAGUAAUAAAGGGCUAUUGCUGCAAUUAUUGGAGAAUGUAGAGACUUCUGUAAUUCCUAUGGAAGAUACAGAUUUUACAGAAUUACUUAAACUUUUUGAAGAUGUGUUUGCUGAGCCUCAGGGACUGCCACCCAGUCGGUCUCAUGACCAUGCUAUCAUUCUUAAAAAUGAUGCUAAGCCAGUGUGUGUUCGUCCAUACCGUUAUCCUUAUUUUCAAAAGGAGGAGAUAGAAAAAAUUGUUCGGGAAUUAUUAGAUUCAGGGGUCAUUAUCCUGAGUCAAAGCCCUUUUUCUUCUCCUGUUUUGCUGGUCCGGAAGGCAGAUGGGUCUUGGCGGAUGUGUAUGGACUACAAGGCUUUAAAUAAUGAGACAGUGAAGGAUAAGUUCCCGAUUCCAGUAAUCGAUGAACUAUUGGACGAACUGCAUGGCUCUAGAAUUUUUUCUAAACUGGAUUUGCGUUCAGGUUAUCAUCAAAUUAGAGUUCGACCGGAGGAUGUGCCCAAAACAGCUUUUAGAACUCAUGAGGGUCACUAUGAGUUCUUAGUCAUGCCAUUUGGGCUGACGAAUGCCCCCAAGAAUAAACAGGAGCAUCUGUGGCACUUGGAGCUUACUUUGGAUAUUCUACGGAAGCACCAACUGUAUGCUAAGAGAAGUAAAUGUUACUAUCGCAAGUUUAUCAGAGGAUAUGGAGCUAUUGCUGCGGUUUUAACGAAUUUACUUGAGAAGAAUGCCUUUAAGUGGACAGAGGAGCAUACAAGGGCUUUUGAGGAGCUGAAACAAGCAGUCACUCAUCCGCCUAUAUUGGCCUUACCGGAUUUUAAUUUGCCUUUCGACAUCGAAUGUGAUGCUUCGGGUAAAGGCAUUGGUGCAGUCCUUAUGCAAUGUCAAAGACCAAUUGCUUUUUUCAGUCAAGGACUGAAGGGUCGAUUUUUUUCUAUGUCGACUUAUGAGAAAGAAUUGGUGGCACUAGUGUCAGCUGUGAAGAAAUGGCGGCCUUAUCUUUUGGGUCAUCCAUUUAAAAUAAAGACGGAUCAUCAAAGUUUUAAGUUCAUUCUAGAACAGAAAAUUGGAACUCCCAUGCAGCAGAGAUGGGUAUCUAAACUUCUGGGCUAUGAUUUUAUUGUGGAGUAUAAGAAGGGUCAGGACAACAAAGUGGCUGAUGCACUUUCUCGCAGAGAUGAGGAUGAAUUUUUGGAGAAUCUGGCAAUUUGUGUCGAAUUUCGGUCACCUUCGUCGGAAUCCAGCUAUACUGGGCCAGAUUUCGGUGAAACUGGUCGGAAUUUAGUCAUUGAUGCUGUAUUUUGGCCUCCAUCGCUGGAAUCCGGCAACAAUAGCCGGUAUCUGCUGAAAGUGGCCGGAAUCCUGUAA